AGGGGGGCCGGGGGUGGUGGUGGUGUGCUGUUUAUAACAACUUGAAGAGUCUGUGGCUUAUAUAUGAAUAUAUCUAAAUGAAAAACGUGCGCAACAUAUCCAAUAAUUAGUUUACUCACGAGUCAAAUUUGAAAAUUUUGGGUGCCAAUGACUUAUAAGCAUGUUGUCAGUAUUGCGUGAUCAAUUGUUCAAUUUGCUUCUGGAGGCAAAUCGACCGACGAAAGUAAUUUAAAACGUGGAACGGCAUAUGAAAACUUCACAAUAUAUUAUACAAUUAAAAUACUAUACAAAGGAUUAAAAAAACAACUUUACAUCAUAACUAAUGAUGUGAAUUACUAUUGUUGCAUUGUUGGAUGAGUGCAUAGACUUUAUAUUUGUUGCCUUUGUACUGACCCCGACUGCAGCAGUUUUUCUCAGUGGAAGACACUUGACUCUUGCUUUUGGUUCAGAAUAUAUUUUGUUAAAGCACCUUUUAUGUCAUAUAUAUACAGUGGCGAAACUAACAAGGAAGAGUGGGUGCACUGUGCACAUGCACCAUAAGAGCAGGAUUAACGCGGAUGCUUAGAGAGGUGCUUAAGUGAUUUUGGAAUUAAAAAAAAAAGAAAAAUAUGUAUUACCUUAAGCGAUGGUGCUUAAUUAAGCGGAAGAAGCGUCGGUGCUUGGUGCACACGUGUCAUAAGACGCGUCUAUCUCAGAAAGGAGGAGUCGUCUUCUUUCCUUCUCUCCUUCGACAAUUCCGUGGCUCUCGAUUCAAACCUAGACGGCUCUGCGAUUCCUCGUGAUACCUCGAUUGACUCUGGAUCUCUCUUUCUCUUCCUCGACGAAUCCCCGUUUCUAUCGCGAAACCUCGACGACUCCGCCUCGUUCUCGCGAAACCUCGAUGACUCCGCCACUGUCUCCUGAUCUUCCCCCGACGAUGAAGCCGUCGGCGUUUCUCUCGGUGGAAUCCUCAUCUCCGUCGCUCUCCUCCACAGUGCUGUUGUCUCUCUCGGUGUAUCUCCUCGAUGGUGACAAACUUGUACCUCUCUCUCGGUGGCCGUCUGGGAGGAAACCAAAUCGGAAGGACUUCAAUGGUUAUGGAUCGUCUUCUAGGUUGAAGCACGAGCAGAUGAAUGAGUCUGACCCGAUUAAUGAAGUUGUGUCUUCGGUGAAGAUGUUGACGGAGAUGUUUGUGAGGGUGGAGAAGUCGAAGAUGGAGAUGGUGAGGGAGAUGGAGAAGACGAGAAUGGAGAUGGAGCUGAAGCAUUGACAGAUGAUGCUUGAGUCGCAGCAGCAGAUCAUAGGCGCCUUUGUUGAAGACUUGAAGCAUUGAGCGAGAAAAAGAGCACAAACGCAAGGAGGCCGGGGUCGUAGUUUCUUAUUAACGUGAACGUACCAAAUAUGGAUGGUAUAACUAAUGGGGGAUCAAAUAGCUUUUGAGUGUCCAGCGUGGCCCAAGCACAUCUUCGACAGUGAGAUAAUCCCUCCCUCUACAAGGGGUUACUAUAAGAACUUUUACGAGAUGUUGAGUACUGAUAAUGUGUACUGCUCUGUUUUUGGCUAGUAUUAGUUGUUGUGGGUUCUGGAUGCAGGUGGUCCAGUUCGUUUAGGCUAAUUCAUUUUGUGUAUUGCUGUUAUGGCUUGUGUCGGAAGUUUGUAAUUUAUUUUGUGUAGUGCUGUUAUGACCAAGUGUCCUCUUCAAGAGAAAUAGUACAUGAUUAUCCAUAACCAUUGGAGACACCUUGUUUUUCUUUUUAAGCACUUCAAAAUAA